AUGGUGUUGCGUUUGGAUGAGGAGAUCUCGCUUGCCAAGCUGCUCGCUCGGGCAGCCGAAUGCACGGGCAAUCCGACUCGUCGACUCUUCUCGGAGGACGGUCAGGAGAUCCUCAGUGUGAACGAUGUGCAGAAGACCUACGAGAAGAUCUUGCAGGAAGGUGGCGAGAAGAAGGCUAAGCCGAGCUCUGACAAUCCAGCGCUCUCCAUUGACCUUGAGUUGGUCAGCACGGAUGGCAGCAACUUCAAGUGGAAGUGGGGCAGCAACCACGCGCACUACCAAUUCGGAGAUCUUCUUAUACGCCCCCUGUGGCGCAGCUUGGCCGGCUCGCGUGGCGUGAGGGCGGUGGUGCAUCCUCCACAACCGCUUGCUCUGCCAUCAUCGGGCAAUCUCCACAACUGCCUGCCAGACUUAUGGAUUCAAUGCUUCCCGCUCUGCGAAAGGUAUGGGCCUCUGGUCAAGCUACGCAUAUUCGACGACGUGGUCUACAUCGUCGCCGACCCAGAGAUUGUUGAUAUUGUGAACCAGAUCCCAGACAAGCGCUUACCUCGGGAGGUCUUCGGCUGCCCCGCGCUUGCAGGGCAGGGCGUCUUCAUCGCCGACGGCCAGCGCUGGGAGUUCGCUCGCCAUGCUUUCCAGGCACAGCUGACGCCAGAGGCAAUUGACAACCUGGUGCCGAUCUUUGCUCAGCGCGCCGCCAAGCUCCAGGACGUGCUGGCCCAAUCCACAUCCAACAUCGAUAUCUUUAACUGGGUCGAGCGGGUGACCAUGGACACCAUCUGCGAUGUUGGCUUUGGGCACGAUCUCAAGUGUAUGGACUCUGCCGAGAUGCCCCCUCUUCUGCCACUCUUCGAGGAAGUUCUCGAAGUCAGCAUCAACUCCAGCCUUUAUGGUGCAUUUGACAUCAUGGGAUCGCAGGCGCGCUGGUUCAAGAGUCAACUUGACAAGCUGAAUGGUAUGCUUGACGAGAUCAUCACAGCCUGCAGGGAAGGGCGGAGCACGGGUUCCUCGAACAGCCUGCUCCACGCCCUCAUUGCUGCCAAGUGCCCGCUGACCGGUCGCAGCUUCACGCAGUCGGAGCUCCAGGAUCAGCUCCUGACAAUGCUGGUUGCUGGACACAAGACGACGACCUUGCUGCUGACCUGGUCUCUCUACUACAUCGGCCGCAGCCCGCAAGUGGAGAAGAAGCUCUUCUCGGAGCUGCGCCAAGUCUUCGGCGGGGACAUGGAGCGAGCACCCACUGGGGAAGAUUUGAGGCGCUUGAAGUACAUGGACAUGGUCGUGCGGGAGACGCUACGCUUGUGCGCACCCGUGCAGGUGGCGCAGCGGGGCCUGACGCAGCCGGUGGAGUGCGGGAAGUACACGCUGCUGCCUGGUGGCCACAGUGGCCGAGGCAACUCGUGGGUUGCCAUUCACAUCAUGGGCAUCUCUCUGAGUAAGAAGUACUGGGGAAGCGAUGCCAUGGAAUUUAUCCCUGAGCGCUUCGAGCCGGAGAAGCUGGCAAAGUUUCAUCCCUUCCAGUUCAUGCCCUUUGGUGGUGGAAGGCGGUUGUGCAUAGGCAACCUGUUCGCGAUCAUUCAAGCCAAGACCCUGCUGAGCAUCACUCUGCGGAAGUUUUACGUGCGUAUUGCACCGGACAAGCCAGUGAAGAUUGACCCCAAGGACCUCGCGACACCUCUGCCGGCCAGCAGGGGGGGCGGCGUAUGGCUGAACUUCACAAGCAGAGACUACGACGAGCCGGCCGCCCCGGAGCCCGGCACAGCUCCAGGUGCCCUGUACGAGUCCUUCCUGAAUGACGCGACGGCGCAGUCCUUUGCAGGGACUUCCUUCAAGAGGAGCCUCAAGCCCACGGGCGGCAGCUUCUUCACCGGCCCGCGGCCGUCGCUGCUGGUCUUGUGGGGCGGGGAGUUCGGCACGACGCUCGGCGCCGCGCAAGACUUCGCCUCCGCGGCGGAGCAGCGCGACUUCCCGGUCCAGCUGAAGGCUCUCGACGAGGUGAAGCCCUCGGCCUUGCUGGCUGGAGAAGUCAAGUCCGAUUCCGGGGAGCUGCCGGUGGUCCUGAUCGUGGUGGCCACGUACAACGGCCACCCGCCGCCGAAUGCUGCGAGCUUCCUGAAAGAGUUGGCGGAGGUCCCGGCGGCUGAGGAGGGAUCGAACGAGCUCACCUUCGCAGUGCUUGGCGUUGGGAACUCCAAUUGGGUGUCGACCUUCGUGAAGGCGGCAAAAGAUGUGGAGAGGCUGCUCAUCCGAGCUGGCGCCAACAGGCUGCUUCCCUUGGAGGCUGCGGACAAGAACGAUUGCUUCGAGCGGCAACUGCGCACCUGGCGGAAGGUCAUCUUCACCCACUUUGCAAGCUCACCCGCGGAGCUUGUGAAGGAAGCCGAGGGGGAGACCCAUGCCGAGGAAAUGGCCGAGCAAAUCCAGCUGGAGCCCUUCACAGGAUCUCCCACCACGUCGCUUCAGGCCAACUUCGUUGAAAGGCUUGGAUACCAGAAUUGCACGGUGAGCCUCAACGAGGAGCUCUGCGUACAAAGCGACGCCAGCAGCCCCUCGGUGCGGCAGAUCGUCAUUGACCGACCUGGUGGCUGUGCCUACGCCUGCGGCGACCACCUGGAAGUGCGGCCAAGGAAUCUGGAAGCGCAAGUUCUGCGCUGCUGUCACCGUCUUGGGGUUCAGCCAGAUGCCGUGGUUGUCGUGCAGGGCGACAAGGUCGAUGACGAGCUUCCCAGCGGGCAGCCCAUCACAGUGGGUGAUGUACUGUCCUUCUACGUGGACCUCUCGGCGCUUCCAUCCCAGGAGGCUCUGGCGUCGCUGGUCCCUCAUGUGACGAGCGCCAGCGAGGCGGCCAAGCUUAAGCUGCUGACGGUGAUGAAAGAGGACUCCGAAUAUGAGCGCUGGUGCAAGCGCUGCCUCUCCAUCCUCGACAUCCUUGAAGAGUUCGGCUCGAUUCAGGUGAGCGUGGGUAGGUUUGUCGAGGUAGCUCCGAAGAUGCAAGCUCGACUGUAUUCGAUCGCGUCAUCUCCGCUGGCACGCGGGAGCAACGUGGAGCUGUGUUGUCGUGUGGCAACGUACACCGCCUCGCCGGUAAACGGUCGGGAAGUCACUCGCAAGGGCGUUUGCUCGUCGAUGCUGGCAGCCGCCAAGUCUGUGAUUUGUAAGAUCAAAGAAGCGCCUCACAUGCGACUCCCCGAGGACCCCAGCAAGCCCAUUGCCUGCAUUUGCGGAGGUACUGGAGUUGCUCCCUUCUUGGGAUUUUUACAGGAGAGGGCGGCGUGCAAGAAGAAGGGUAUGCAGACAGGGCUGGUGCACUUGUACUUUGGAUGCCGAAACGAUACAGACUUCUUGCACAAGUCCCAGCUUCAAGAGUGGCAGCGAGAAGGGCUCUGUUUGCUGAAAGUGUCGCUCUCGCGGCCGACAGACGGAAGCGCCAAAGAGUACGUGUAUCAUGCGCUUCGACGGGAUUCUGCAGAUAUUCUGAAUUUGCUUGGGGAUGGCGAUGGGGCCGGGUACUUUUACAUCUGCGGGUCUGCCUCGACUUUGGCGAAGGACGUCACGAACGUUUUAGUCGACAUGCUGAGUCAAAGUGGAGAUGCAUCGCAGGGCUUCACGAUGCUCACAGAGCUCCAAGAGAAGGGCCGCUACGGCUUGAGACCUGACGCAACAGUGCUGGUGCAAGCUGCCUGGAAAUUUCCACAAGUGCCUAGGUACGGCGUCACCGACAUCUGGUGGCUGCGAGUUUGGGCGAUUUCUGGGUGCGGCAUGGUGGUUCUUUUCCAGCUGCUGCAGCCCCAAUGCCAAUGGCUUUCCGCUGGUUGGUGCUUUGUUUACGUCAUGGUCAACAUUUUCCAGAUGAUGGGGGAGGGCGAGAAGCCGGAUCCGCCCUUGACGGAUGACGAGAGGAAGCUCUAUGAGCAGCUUGAAAGUCGAAUUAGCGCUCGAGAGUUUGCCGACUUGGCCUACUACGGAAAGUGGAUGGUGUUCCGCGCCGGCGACCUGCUUUGUGAACGUGGCUGCGAAGCCACGCAGCACGACAGCGCGGGGCACAAGGAAAAGUCCGAAAAAUGCCUGUACAUCAUCGCGGAAGGUUGCUGCGAGGUCUCUGCGGCAGGGCGCCUCAUCACGCUACUGAAGCCAGGAAACGUGGUAGGAGAGGUCGGCUUCUUGCUAGAUACGCUGCAGCCCAUGAGCACGCGGUCGAGCGACGGCUGCGUGUUGCCGAUGCAGGUUUCCGUGCGUGAGGACGUACGAUGUUUGGCUUUGCCUGUCGCAGAGGUGCAGACACUGCUGAAACGGCGGCCGGACCUGCACAAGCCCAUCAUCAAGCUCCUGUCUUCAACUCUCCUUGCCAAGGAAGGCUGCGUCCUGGGGCAGGCCUUGGAAGACCGCAGAUACAAGGCUGUGCUCGAGGUGGCUUGCCCAAUGGCAGACCAGCCUGGGGUGGCGGAGGGAGUGGCUGCGUAUCGCCGCCGAAACAGCAUCUCCUCGGACGAUCACAAGCGAUUGCUUGCCGACGUUCCGCGGUGUCCACCCGAUGCCUUCGUUGAGCACGCGAAGCCCGGCAAAGAAGGCCGAGCGCUGUAUCGGGUACCAAGUCACUGGUUCCAGCGCGGAGAAAAAAGGGGGCUCAAGAUGCCUUAA